AUGUGCAGCAAACAUAAAGAUGAAGAAACACAUGUUUCUCAUUUGGUUAAAAGUCUUUCGAUAGGUGAAGAUGGUUGGAAAAAUUUCGAUAAUCAAACAAUGGAUGUGGAAUAUACAAAACAUGACUCUAAGGAUAAUAAUGUGGAUAAUUGGGAGCCCAAUCGUUAUGAGGUGGACAAAAUUAUUGCUCAUAAGGUGGUGAAUGGCCAAGAUCUUUACCUGGUUAUGUGGAGAGGAUAUUCCAAAGACACUUGGGAACCUGUUGAAAAUCUCGAUGACUGCCGCGACAAACUAUAUGAAUUCCAUAAACUCUCUAAUGAAAUAAAAAUGAAUGAGCAACAUCAUCUUGAUGAGUUGGAUCCUGAAGAAGAACACAAUAUGUUUUUAGAUGCACUCCAUGAUUCUAGCCAUAUUAACUUUGAUCUUUAUGAUAAGAUCAUUCUUGGGAGAACAAGGGAUUAUGAUUAUUUGUCUGAACCUAGAAUUGAAAGUGUUCCUAUCGCCGAAAUUAGUGAAAGAAACCAAAAAGAAAAAGAAGCAAAACAGCAAGAUCAAAGUGACUAG